AUGGCGCCAACUUCAUCGGCAUCAUAUUCCUCAGCAUCGCAUGAGACGGCACUGGAUCGCACAGAGACAGUGCCACGACACCAGCUUUUGCGCCUGCCCGCAGAGCUGGUCGCGGCUGUCAUUGAGCAAGGCGACAAGAAGGUCAUCAAAGUCCUUCGACUUGUGUGCAGGGAACUGCAUGGCACUGUCGACCCGCUCUUCAUCAAGACCUUCUUUGCGCAUCGUUGCCAUUUGUGGACGCAGUUCUCCCUGGACGUCUUGAUGAGAAUCACGGAUUCGCCUCGACUUCGUGCCGGCAUCACCUCGAUCGCGCUUGGACGACCUUCCCUCAGGAUCACAAGCGACGACUACAACAAAUACGAGCUGCGUGUUCACCACGCCUGCGAGACAAUGGCUCGAAAGCAAGGCUGGUACCAGAAGGCUUUGGUGCAGAUCCUCAACAAUCUUCGCGACGUCCGACCAUCACUGGAAAUCUAUGGAACUCAAGAUUCGAGGAGGGAUGCAUAUGGAUACAGCGAAUACUGUCGGCUCCUCAGAAGCGAGCAAUGUCGGGAUCAGGCGCCAGCUUGCCUGGGAUCGAAGCCGGCAGUGUCCGACUGGCAGUUCUCAUCGAUAUUCCUGGACUCGCUCAUAGAGUCGGACUUCAAGGUGGCUCGGCUCAAGAUGCCCAUCGAUCGUAUGUCCAUCCUGCCGCCUUUCGUACCAAAGGGAAUUCGAUUCGGCUUGAGCGUGAGCACUAUGACGUUGCUUGAUUUGGACAUCAAUGGCUUUACGUCCGAUAUCCUCUCUGACCUUCGAACUCACUCUGGGUCGCUUCGAGCUCUCAGCACGUUGAUUCUGCGUAACUUUCCGCAGGCUCCCGAGGGUACGAUUACCAAUGUGCGCCUUGUCUUCUGGACUUUGGAACUGAGGUCCAUCAAGCUGGUAGACGGCGUGACUUCCUCGAGGGAGCUGGACGCUCUUCUCAGCGACCACUGCCGCACACUCCGGUCCUUGGAAGUCACGAACUUCAAGAUCGACUCAUCGGAUAUCUCCCUCUGGCACUGGCGCUCGGUACUUCGCGAUCUGUGGAAGGAGUAUAGCCUCGAUGAGCUUCGCUUGAGCAAUUUGAUGCCAUGGCCACGGAAGGUGGAGGGAGCGUGCUCUGACUUCCGAGGUGCUGAUCAGGUACAAGCUGGCCUGGCUCAACUUACAGACACCCUGCCGGCAUCACGACCUGCAUGGAGUGACGACAUAUAA